GAAAAAAAUUUAGAUGCCAAAAAAAAUUGUCAUUAGGGGUACACAUUGUCUUCUCUUCCCCGCGCCUUGACAAAAAAACUCACCUUUCUUCUUUUCCAUAUGCAACUCAAUUGCACCUCCAAUAUUUUUCCCUCUCUUCUAUUAUCGAAUUCGUUAUUCCACCUCUUUUUCUUCCCAAAUCCAAUUUAGGGUUUUCAUUUCAAAAAUUCAACCGCCCCUUUCUUCGUUUUCGAUAAAUUGGCUUCACAGAGACUAGGGUUUCGUUUCUAUUGAAGGGAGAGAGAUAAACAUGGAUAGAGAUUUCAAGGAGCAGGUACUUGCGGACAAGCUUGCCAAGCUUAAUAGCACUCAAGAUGCCAUCACAACUUUAUCACACUGGUGUAUAUUUAACCGGAGCUAUGCAGAACAGAUUGUUGCAACAUGGAAAAUCCAAUUUGACAAAUCAGAUAUAAUUCGCAAAAUCCCCCUUUUGUAUCUUGCUAAUGACAUCCUGCAGAACAGCAAGCGUAAUGGAAAUGAAUUUGUGAUUGAAUUCUGGAAGGUUCUUCCUGCAGCACUUAAAGAUGUCAUUGCAGAAAAAAAUCCUCGUGGAGAGCAUGCAGUAUCUAGACUGUUUGAAGUAUGGGAGGAAAGGAAAGUAUUUGGGUCUCGAGUGCAAAACCUUACGGAUUUAAUGCUUGGAGAGGAUACUCCUCCGCCAUUGGAUUUCGGCAAUAAAAGACCACGUUCUGCAAAAGUAAUGAAAAGGGAUUCUGUAAAAAUUUUGAAAAGGGAUUCUCGUUCUAUCAAAUCGAAAUUGUCCAUAGGAGGAACGACAGAAAAAAUAGUGUCUGCAUUUUAUUUGGUGCUCAGUGAAAAAGCCAAUGAAGAUGCAGAGAUGAGCGAAUGCAAGUCCGCCGUUCAGCAUGUGAGGAAGAUAGAGAAAGAUGUUGAUAUUGCAUGUACCAUUGCUAAGGAUCCUAAGCGAAUAACUUUGAAGAAGGACCUAGAGCAGCAACAAAAUAUAUUGAAAGAUUGCAUAGAAAAACUUAAAUUAUUUGAAGCAAGUAGAGUAGCUCUGAUAUCUCAGUUAAAAGAAGCAUUGCACGAGCAGGAAUCGGAUCUGGAGAAUGUUCGUACACAGAUGCAGGUUGCACAAGCACAAAUUGAAGAGGCUGGCAACAUGCAGAAGCGACUUGAUAGUGAAGAUUCUUCACAGAACGCAUCAAUUAAAACAACUUCAGCUGCCAAUGCAACUUCACUAUCAGAAGCAGCAAAUAAAAAGUCAGCUGCAGCAAUUGCUGCUGAGGUUGCAGAUAAGCUUACAGCUUCAACGUCAUCUCAAUUGAUCAUGAGUUCUGUUCUCUCAACAUUUGCCGCACAAAAGGCAAAAAGUGCCGGUCUAAUGUCUGAGUCCACAUCAAAACCUAUGAUAUCAAUGACAAGUUCAGAUACUCAUGUCUUUAUGCCCGCGCAACAGUUGACUGCUGCGCCAAACCAUUCAUAUCCUUCAGUUUUGGUAACUCAGCCAACUAUGCACAAUGCAUCCCCUGCGCAAGGUCAAUAUAACUUAUAUUGCAAUCCAUCACCCCAGCAAUAUGUGCAAUCAACAGGAGGGGUCAACAUCUCUCCAUAUGGUUAUGGUAAUAUCCCACCAUUACAAUCAGUAGCACCCCAACCACCUUUUAUGAAUCAGACAAUGCAAAUAACACAACAACAACCAGUACCAACUUAUACGAAUCAGUCAAUGCAAAUCACACAGCAACAACCAGUACCAACUUAUACGGAUCAGUCAAUGCAAAUUGCUCAGCAACAACCAGUACCAACUUAUACGAAUCAGUCAAUGCAAAUUGCACAGCAACAACCAGUACCAGUAACACAAUAUGCUCCAGCACCUCCUAGUUUCCGGCCAAUUCAGCCAUCAGCAAUGAUAUACUAUGCUAAUCAUUAACAUUCUAUAUGUGGUAUACUUUAUUCGACAAAACCUUUGUUGUAACAAGUGAUUUCUGGAGAUUCAGAUUUUCGUUUUCACGCAAUGGUAUACUGGGAACGGAGUUCAUAAACGAAUGGAAGCAAAUAGUAGAUGUCACCCGAGAAGUGGUAGGAAACUGGUCUGCCCAGAAUCUGAAUACAAAGUGGGUCAAAUGUGAUGCUUUGUUCGGGAGUUUGAAGGAAAAUAGAGGGGAGGACUCUGCGAGAUGUGUGCGGGGUGGGAGGAGCGAAAGUGAGAAAAAAAACUUCGUUAUUUGAAAGAGUAUUUAUGAAGAGGAGAAGGAAAGACUUGUGACUAUAUUUUCCUUGGGAGAGAAAGACUUGUGACUAUAUUUUUUUCUUUUGGAGUAUUAUAAAUAGAGUGAAAGAAUUUGGAGAUAUUUGAAAUCCCUCCAAAGUUCUUUCUCAAUUUAUUGAGUUUUCUCAUAUUGGGGUAUCUGAAUAAGAAAAAUAAACCCCUAUUAAAGUGGGAGGUCUUGUCCA